CCAGUAAUGGAGAAAACAUCAGGCAGACAAAUUAGAGGUCCGGUUCAUGGAAAGUACAUCACAAUUCUUAGCAUCGAUGGUGGAGGCAUGAGAGGAGUCAUCCCCGGAGUUAUACUUGCACGCCUAGAAUCACUACUUCAGGAGGUGGAUGGUAAGGAUGCAAGGCUGGCGGAUUACUUUGAUUUGAUUGCAGGAACAAGUACAGGUGGUCUUAUAACUGCCAUGUUAACUGCACCAAAUGAAAAUCAACGACCUCUAUUUUCUGCUGCUGAGAUUGUGGAUUUCUAUAAAGAGCAUGGUCCUGAAAUUUUCCCCCAACGAAAUUGGCUCGGAUGGGUCGGUAAUUGGAUUGGUAAUAAAAUAGAUCAGUUACGGCAAGUGGUUGGACCUAAAUAUGAUGGGAAGUACCUUCACAAGCUGUUAAAGACGAAAUUAAGCUCCACAAGGUUGCACCAGACCUUGACUAAAGUUGUCAUUCCAACAUUCGACAUCAGGAAUCUCCAGCCAACUAUUUUCAGCUCAUUUCGGAAAAAUAACACAGCAAUGAUGAACGCCCGACUAGCGGAUAUAUGCAUCGGCACUUCGGCAGCACCACUUUUCCUUCCUGCCCAUUAUUUUACAAGCUCUGAUGACAUAGGGAAAGUGAAAGAGUUUAACCUCGUUGAUGGUGGUGUGGUUGCUAAUAAUCCGACUUUUGUUGCUAUUAGUGAGGCGACAGAACAGUUGCGCGAGAAGAAUGAACAUUUUCCGGCAAUUGCACCCUGCGACUAUCGUACAUUUCUUGUCAUCUCAAUCGGGACAGGUGCAGCCGAGAACGAACAUAAAUACGACGCUGAAACGGUUUCACAAUGGGGGUGUUGGGAGUGGAUAACAAAUAAUGCAUUACCAGAUGUGUUUUUUGAAGCAGGUCCAGAUAUGGUUGAUUAUCACCUUUCUGUCAUUUUUAGAUCUUUUCACUCCAAAGAAAACUACCUCAGGAUCCAAGAUGACAAGUUAAGAGGGGAGGAAGCUUCUUUUGAUAAUGCUACAAAGGAGAACUUGGAAAAUCUUGUGAAAAAGGGCAAUGAUUUACUACGCAAACCAGUUUCACGGGUGAAUCUUGAGACGGGUCAUUAUGAAGUAGUUAAACAUGGUGACUCCAACGAGGAAGCGCUCAAAAAGUUUGCGCAAGCACUGUCGCAAGAAAAGAAACUCCGAGAGAAAAAUUGCCUGAAAACGAAGGAAGUCGAAUAA